AUGAAUUUUACAUUCUCAAGACGCACGGAGCAAGCACAAAGACGUAAAUCAAUUGCCCUAAGAGGACAAUCAGUUCUUGUAAAUGAAAAAUCACCUAUAGAAUGCCUAAAAGAGCCUAUUUUUCAACUCGCCUCUUCAAUCGAAACUUUACAAAAAAAAUUUCGAGGAAUUGCAAAUACGGGGACACCCAAAAAAUCUCCUUUUAAGUCGCCACGCAAAUCCCCUUUCAAAUUCAAAUCACCACGUAAAAUACCCGCUAAGACACAACUCACUCCAUCCCCCGUCAAUAAACAUUUUCAAUUUCCUACUUCACUUAUUAAAAAUAUAAAAUCACCCGAAUCAACGCCCAUUCCAACACCUACUAAAAUGCCACCGCCAACACUUGCUCCACUAAAUAUAAAGAAAAAACCAAAUCUAAUUCCUAUCAAGAAUUUCAUUAAGAGGGUAAUUGACGGAUUACCGUUGAAAUAUCGUGAACAGCAGCCACAUAGGAAAAAUGUCGAAGAUUUACUUAGACAAUUAUUUGUAAAUCCAAAAGGACUUAAAUUUGAAGAGAUUAUGCAACAAAGUAAAUUAAAGCGCGUUCGAUGUAACGAAUAUCUAGUUGCUCUUGUUCAUGCAAAAGAAGUUAUUAAAGAAAAUAUUACGGGCUCGGGACAAAAUGGACAAAUUUUCAAAAUAAAUCCAAUAAAAUAUCCCUUGUUAUAA